CUUUUGCCUACCUACCUAUCCUUAGUAAUGACGAAGAUCUUUUCAUCCAUAUAAAAAAUUAAUGGUCUAGCAACCCAAGCCACUGGCACCUAAUAAAUAUUCAUACAUCGAUAACUCAUUUCCAUUUAUUUACAUCACACCGCAAUGUAUUCGAAGGUGAACAAUAAAGUACUUAAACGUUUCAUGGAAUUAUCAUUAUAAUGCGAGUUUUUACUAAAUAAAUACAUUUUUCAAAUAAAAAUUUCGGCAUUUUAUUCGACAACCUUUUUAAAUAUGUUGGUUCGUAGUGUUGUCACGAGUUACAAGUGUGGUCGGAUGUUGUGGAAUACCGCGCGAGUGGACAAAAAGUUUGUUUGUAUAAACGCCGCUAUGAACCAGUCUACCGAAGCCAGAGAUAUAACGGAUGUUCAGGCAGCAUCGUUAAAGAACGACAUGUGCUUACUAGUGGAUGAGAGGGACAACAUCAUAGGGACUGCAACCAAGAGAGAAUGUCACAGAGUGGGACCUAACGGCAUGGUGCCCCUACACAGAGCCUUCAGUGUACUCAUGUUCAAUUCGGCGGGAGAACUGCUUGUACAGAAGAGGGCUAGUCAAAAAGUGACAUAUCCUAAUGCCAUCACAAACACAUGCUGUAGCCAUCCACUACUCAUCGACGGUGUACCUGAGGACGUCACCACCGCCGCUAUACGCAGACUGAACGAGGAAUUAGGGAUACCCAAACAUCAGUUAAACCGUGAAGACUUCACGCUUAUAUCACGGUUUAUAUACGCGGACCCAGGCGAUGGAGAGUGGGGUGAAUACGAACUCGACCACGUGCUCAUCCUGAGAAGCGAUGCGCAAGUCAAACCCAACCCUAAUGAAAUUGAUGACGUCAAAUAUGUCGCUCGGAGCAAAAUGGACAGUUUUAUAGAAAACCAGAAGGACCCUAUCACUCCUUGGUUCAAGUUAAUACACCAACACAUGCUGCCGUACUGGUGGGACAACCUUCACCGCCUCAAAGACAUCGCAGAGCCAGACACGAUACACUCCUUCGUAAAUAAAGAUUUAUAGAAAAAUACAUAGUUUGUAGGUACCAUACUUAUGUGGGUACUUGGAAGCCAUUCUCGAC